AUGACGAACAAAGACGCUCUCGAAGCAAAAUUCAUUCAAGAAGUUGGUCGAGAUGCAUGGGAUUCCAACUGGAAAUCCGUCCUUAACAUAAGCCCGGAAUUGUUUGACGCGAGCAUCAAUAUUCUGGCUGUUCCUCGACGCAAAAAGCAUCUUUCUCCCAAGGUGCAACAGCUAGUCUCCAUCGCUGUCGAUAGUGCAGCAACCCAUCUCUACUUGCCUGGAGUGAAGCAACAUAUUACCCAGGCUCUUAAAGAAGGCGCGACUCAAAUGGAAAUAAUGGAGGUGAUUGAACUUACUAGUACAUUGGGUAUUCAUGCUUGUAACAUCGGCGUUCCCUUGCUUGUGGAUGUGAUGAAAGAAGCGGGAAUCUAUGACAGCCACCCUGUUGCAGGGAAGCCAUUAGAUGCGCACCGUGAGCAGCUCAAGGCCGACUUCACCAAAAAUCGUGGCUACUGGCAUCAAUUCUGGGAGGACUUCCUCGCUAUGGAUCCCGAAUUCUUCGAGGCUUACCUUGGUUUCUCUUCAGUGCCUUGGUCAAGAGGAAAUGAUAAGAACCAAGUUGGAGGUUUAGAGCCAAAGGUGAAGGAGUUGAUAUAUUGUGCUUUUGAUGUGGCUGCAACUCAUUUGUAUGUGCCCGGACUUCGACUACAUAUGAAAAAUGUUCUUGGGUAUGGUGGAACACCGGAAGAAAUCCUUGAGGUUUUCGAGAUUGCCUCACAGCUGAGUCUCCAUACCGCGCAUGCAGCUACUCCAAUCCUGGAGCAGCUGGCUAGUGCGAAGUGA